AUGGCUAUAAUUGAAAGCACAACUGCGUAUUUAGUCGUCGCGACACUCUUCGUCGGCUAUUAUACUUAUAAAUGGAUAAUUUAUCCAUUAUAUUUAUCUCCUUUAUGCAAAAUGCCUGGUCCUAACCCUGACCAUUUUAUGUUAGGAAAUUUCUUGGAACUUGUUAAACCUAGGGGUGGAAUGCAUUGGGUAGAAAAAUAUGGCGGUGUAUAUAGGUGUUAUGGAUUAUUCAAUGAACCAAGAGUUCAUAUUCUAGACGAAAAAAAUAUUCAAAAAGUACUUGUUAGUGAUGCGUAUACUAAGUUUGGUAGAAAAAUCUUCGCGGGACCUUUCAAGAGGAUUAUUGGAGAAGGUCUUUUGACGGUAGAUGGUGACGUACACAAAAGACACCGUAAACUGAUGAAUCCAUCGUUCGGUCAUAACAGUAUUAAG